UAACAUUGGAAGUUGUCAAUUGUAGUUGACUAAGGUUUUGAUUUUGAAUGUUUGUUUUGUUAUUUUAUUUUGUGCUAAUCUCACUCAAUUAAGACAAAUCAUUAAUUUUUUAUCCAAAAUUUUAUUGUGACUGUAAAUAAUUAGUAGUAGUCUUUGAAUCAGCAAUUGGACUACAUUCUUUGACACAAUCUGCUUUUAUAACGAAAAUGAACCAACCAAAUAAAUUGUUUUCUGAUUUAGUUAAAGAAGUUGACUUCGAAGAUGUGCCCUCGAAACGAUCCAGGGAAAACUACAAGAAAGAAAAAGAAUUAGAUGCUUUGAGAAAAGCUGGUAAGGUCCCAGCUCUUACUGAUGAAGAGGGAAAAGAAAUCAACCCUCACAUUCCGGAAUAUAUUGCUUCAGCUCCAUGGUAUAUUGGAUCAAGUGUUCCUACUCUUCGACAUCAAAAGGCAGUGAGCAGUGCUAAAAAUGAAUCAAGUUUGGAUGACUGGUAUUCCAGAGGGAAAAGUAAACAAAUUGCAACAAAAUACCGACCAGGAGGUUGUGAAAAUUGUGGAGCUAUGGGACAUACUCGCAAGUUCUGUUUCGAGAGGCCGAGAAAGAUUCCAGCUAAAGUGUCCGGUGUUGUGAUUGCACCUGAUGACCCAGUUUUACCUGAUCUAAAAUUCGAUUAUGAUGGUAAGCGGGAUCGGUGGAAUGGUUUCCAGCCACAAAUGUAUGAAUCAGUAAUUGAAAAUUUUAAAAAACUUGAAGAAGCAAAAAAAGUGAUUAAAGAAUCCAAAAUGAAAGACGAACUGGCUACCGGUAAUGCUGAAACAGAAAAGAAAGCGGAUUCCGAUUCAGAAGAAGAAGAAAAAUAUGCUGAACAUUUGGACAUGCCAGGAACCAAAGUUGAUAGCAAACAAAGAAUUACUGUAAGGAAUUUAAGGAUCAGAGAAGAUACAGCUAAAUAUCUUCGAAAUUUGGAUCCUGAUUCUGCUUACUAUGACCCCAAAACACGAUCUAUGCGUGGAAAUCCAUAUGCUAAUACUGCAAAAAAUCCAUCUGAUUUACCUUAUGCUGGCGAAAAUUUUCUUCGUGAUACUGGAGACACAUUAAAAGUAUCUCAUGUACAAUUAUUUGCCUGGCAAGCAAGAGAUAAAGGAGCUGACAUUCAUCUUCAAGCUGAACCUACAAAAACUGAAAUUGCCCAUCAAAAAUAUGAGACAGAAAAAAAGAAACUUAAAAGAUCAAUUGAACAAAGUAUUUUGGAUAAGUAUGGUGGUGAAGAAUAUCUGCAGCAGCCACCCAGAGAAUUGAUUUUUGGUCAAACUGAACAAUAUAUUGAAUAUUCGAAGGAUGGAAAGGCUAAAAUAGAACCUCCCAAGGUAAUAAUCAAAUCAAAAUACGAAGAAGAUGUAUUUAUAAACAAUCAUACCUCUGUUUGGGGUUCAUAUUAUGAUGUGAAAAAUCAUAAAUGGGGCUACAAAUGCUGUUCAUCAACAAUAAAAAACUCUUAUUGUUUGAAAUAAAUAUAAAGACAUAAAUAAAGAUUUUUGAUAAAACCAAUG